GUCCGCAUAUCGGGAAAUCGUCCCAGGAUAGCCGGGACUGACUUGCCUGCCAGGAUUCUCCCGCUGCUCGGAUGCGCGUCUCAAGACUUCUGCGGUACAGGAAGUUGUCAUAUUCUCGACAAAUAUUUAAAGAGCAGAUGGUUCAUGAUGUAGCUCAGUGCACAAACCUUCCCCCCUCAAUCCCACAUUGACAAUAUGGAUCCAUCCCAAUACUACAACCAGGGCCAGGGCCAACAGACCAACUCACUGUCAUCAACGACUGAUCCAUCUCAAUACCCCUACUCUCAAUCGCAGGUUAAUCCCCAGGACUAUCAGCAGAUGUAUCCCGGCUAUCCUUCGUACGGACAGGGAUCUCAACCUGUCUCCACGAGUGCCUCGUUUCCGGGUGCCAUGAGUCGAAACGCAGUACCUCAGCAAAUGACGGCGUCUCGUUCCGCAAGUGUUCCGGGUAACCCGACUUACAGUGGGUACGGCCAAAUGCCACAGGGACAAUACACCCAAUAUCAACAACAACCCGUGUAUACAAACCCGCAAUACAACGCUAUGUCUCCUCAGCAAUCACACCCUCCCCAUCCCGCCGCUCAAUAUCUUCCCUCAUCUUCUCAGUUGGCUCAGGCUUAUCCUCACGGUCAUGCGACGUCUUCCGCACCCAUCCCUUCACCUUCGCCAGGUAUCGAACGUUACCCAUGCGACCGGUGCAGUAAGACUUUCACUCGCGCUCACGACCGCAAACGCCACUUCGAUACGCACCAUGCUGCAAACCCGCCAUCUCACAAGUGCCAUUUCUGCAGGAAGGAAUUCGCCAGAGCGGAUUCCCUCAAGCGUCACAUUGACAACGGAUGCGAGAAGGACCCGUCGAACGUAAACGUUUGAUCGCCGUUAGGACCUGCGGCGUGAGGUCUAGUCCAGGAGCCAGGAGCGCUUGAUGUACUUACUAUCUCGAGAACAGUCCAUUUCCCUUGUUCUGUACAGUAUCUUUCUAUCGUUGCUUUUUUAAUGAUGUUACAUCUUGAUAGGUUUUUCUUGAUGUCAGCGUACCCAAUUGCUCUCAUGGACCUUCGUCCACCAGUUUCGUUGUUGUACUCUAUGCUAAUAGACGUGAAUUAUAUUUGGGAAUUUC